GGCAUACCUCCGACUAAGGCGCGAGCUUGCUCACCUUGGAGAGAAUCCUGGAAAAGUUUGGCGGAGUAUCAGUAUGCUCUUCGGCUGUUACAUGUUUCAAGGACGCGCGCCCAAGGUGAGCAGUUGGCUGGCCUAAUCUGACGGAUGAAGCCGGUCCAGCGCCACAGAAUUACGAAGAAGGCUCGGGCCCCUUCAGGCGCGGCGCCAUUCUCUUUCAUCUUCCAGUGUGUCCAUGAAUAUCUCCGGAGAUUACUCAGGCACCAGCGUGCUCGCCCAUGGCUAGAAGAGAAGGAGAAGCAAGCGUGGGGCUCGAGCUGGUUGGAUCUCUAAGAGCAAAAUCUUGCGCCACCUCGCAAAGGUCGAGCGGAUCCUGCCGUCGUUAAAGGCGAAGGUUACAAAGCGCGCGGUGAAGAAGUAAGGCUUGAGAACUGCCACGAAGGCUGCCCUGUGCUUGAGGUUCCAACUUCUCCUUUCUACCACGCAAGAGCGAGAAACUACCCAGCUUGUUGGCAGUUAGCUCUUUUACCAUCUUUGUGCAUCCAUUGGCUUGCAAGCUGGGCGGUUGGGUUUCUGACGUGCGACCCGCCGCUCUUUCGCUGAGGGGGUGCCUUUUCUUUGGCGCUGCGUUCUUCUGUAGAAUAGCCGUAAAACCUGUAGAAGCUCCAUAGAACUACUGAGGCACCGUAGAAAAUUGCUUGGGAGCGCAGCGCCUGCGGGGUCAGGGGGCGCGCAAAAGAAAAGGCCGCGUAAGUAGAAAGCGGAAGCUUUUGGGCUCGAUGACAGGGGCGCGCUGUGCAGGGUGGUCGGUCUCAGCUUCUAAAACAGGAUGGGCCUCAAAUCCAAGGUAUGCGAGCACUGAAGGCGCUAGCUUUAAAGAUUUGCUAAACUAGCUGACGCAUGCCCUGACUCUGCGGGAGUGUCUUGAGCUUUCUGUCAGCUAGGUUCGCUGGUAGCUAGGCGCUAGCGUGUUCGGUUUGUCUCUUCUUCAUGAGUGCACGCGAAGCGGCGACAUGCGUAUGAUUAUGGUGCGCUUGUGUGUGCUCAUCUCUUGGGGCAUCUUGCUUGCUGGAAAGGUCGCAGAAGUUGCUCAGCGCGAUACAGCGGCAGGAUGCACGGCAGGGACGAGUCUCGGGCUCGGCCUGCUUUAAUGUGAAACGCUAGUCACCCGGCUGCGCUCAGCUUUUUAAGAGAGGGCUCGUAGCUUGGCUGGAUCUGUGAUUUUUCGGCGUUUGUUACUUAGUUAGUUGGAUGUUUGCGUACUUAGUUAGACGGCUAUCUCCUUUAGCUUCGUGGCCAGCGCCUCGUCUCUGUGGUUUUCUAUCUAAACGCUCGCACGCUGGGGCCUUCGGCUGCUCACUUAGUUAUUAGGUAGCUGACUACUUGGCGCGGGCGGCGCUUUCAAGAAGAUAUUACCCCAUAGGUAGCGUCAGGGCUUUGGAGUAGUUACUGCUAUUAUUUCUGGCGAAGUCAAGUGCGUUCGUACUACGUACGCGCGUAGUAGUAGUAGCAGUAGUAGCAGUUGUCUGCUCUUCCAUUUUCAGAGGGUUGGCUGAUGGACAUGCCGUCGCUUCUCUGUGGCGCUCUAAUAGCUUGGCGCUCUCGAGGCGAAGCACGUGCUAGCAGUGUUGUCGAAGCACUCUCAGUGCAACCGAAUGCCGCAGGCACUAAGGGUUAUGGCGCUCCCAUCUUGGCAGGGACUAACUAAAACUAUGGUGCACUCGUUGCACGUGUUGCGGCUGUUGUUGUUGCUUGGUCGCUUUAUUGUUUAAGAAGUCGCCGCCUUCUCUAUGGUCUUCUAAUGGUUGGGAGAAGAGUUCGCGCAUGACCUUGACUGGCCGUGGGGCGAGAAGAUGUAUGACGGCGGGGGGCGCUUACUCAGGUGGCUGGCACUCGCUGAGGCCUUGCGCUGUUUCUUAUGAUGAGGGGAAAGGAAGAAAGAACGGCAAGGAGUCUGAAGCCCAAUCUGCAACGAGAAUGAGUAAGCCCGCCCGCUCGUCAUAGGACGGUGGAUCUACGUUUUCGGCCGCGAUCCGGCUUUUUAUUAUGGCUGCCUACGUAUCAACCUUGCGCUCAGUGUUUUCGUUCUUAUUACUUACGCUGCCACUAGCUUGCGCUUGUGUGCUUGCUUUUCUGCGCGCUAUCUGUCUGAUUGGGUAAUGCCUCGUAGGAAUUAGCGCUACUGCGCGUGAUUUGAUCAAUCGCCGCCUUCGCCUCUCUUACUUUCUAGCUCGCCCCUGAGGCUGAGACACUGGGCGCCCCUUCUUUGUUUCCUCUAAUGAUGCACCGCGCCUUCGCGCCAAAGUGACGAAUUCUGUUAAGAGAGGGUGGCCCGUGGUGGUCGUAGGGUUUAGUUUGGUUUGAAUGAGUAGAAGCAAGCGGCAGCCUAUCAGCACACGUAGACGCGCUGUCUUUCAGUCAGAAGCUCUGCGGCAUACGCACCCACUCAAGACGACGCGCCAGCUCGAUUGUGGUAGUGUAGGAGUGUGACUAAGUGAGGGCAGACGAAAGAGAGCUGGGGCGCUGUAGAUUGGGUUUCCACUUCGGGCGCUCGCAAGUUUGCAAACUUCUCCGUCCCAGUUCGUUUCUAUCUUUUUGCCUCUUUGAUAGAUACAUAAUUGUCAAUCAGUCACUGAGUGAAUGCAUGAAGCAAAUAACAAGUUACUAAAUUCAGAAGCUUGCUUUCACUCUUUCAGUGAGUCUCUCCUUUGUUGCAUUAACUUGCCUAACUUUCUCUACAUACAUACAUACGUACGCACUUACUUACUUACUUACUUACUGACCGCUUGCUCAGUUUGGUGGAAGGAUUGCUCGUCUGUCUCUUUCGCUUGAAGCGGCAAGAAUCCCCAUGGCCCCGGCCGGAGACCAUAGCCCCCGGGCCAUUUUUCAGGGGUUCGGGGGGCACCUGCUCCUGGUCUUGGGGUUUUGCUCUAAUCAUCGACAGGGGAGUGUGAGCGCGCUGGCGACCGCUUUUUCAAUUAAGGCACAACAGGGGAGCCGCCUCCUGCGACGUGAGCAUCUGCGGCGCCGUUGUCAGGGACAACACGCGCCACAGGCACAGACGUUUCCAAAGGUGGGCCUUUUUGCGCUCUAAUCUUAGAUACUCCGCAAAGUCAUGGAGCAGAAACCAAAGUACAAACCGCUGGAGAGGAGCUUCGGCGCGACCUACCUUAAGGCUCUCUGAAAGAAUCUGGCCUCAUUGGGGUCGCACUAAGAUACUCUGACUGUCGGUAGCGCUCGGCGAAUUUUCUGGCUUCAAUCAUUGACGCAGGCGCCGCGUCUAGGGUGCGCCUUUUGGCGUGAUCGUCGCUUCUUUUUCGAUGGGGUAGCAAGCUAGCUAGCUAGCUCAAGCUAGCUCGGUAGCGAGGCAGUAGAAUAGAUAGGUCUACAACUCAGCGCAGCUCUAAUUCCAGGGCGUCCAAGAAAACCCAGAACGAUCUGAACUACAUGGGCUGCAAUUAGGGCGCGUUUUUCACUAUCUUGCCCUUGGCAGUGCGCUGAGCGCGUUGCCCCUGAUUUGAAAGUAAGGGUGAGGGAGACCGAGCGGCCGAACAUAAACGGUCGGGCAACGCGCACGCGCUCCGCUGUUUAUAUAUACUCAUGACUAGUGAAAAGCGUGCGCUAAUGGAGGCUCGUGCAGUUCAUGAAACACUGCAGACGACAAUUAAGGGGAGCCAGGCUUUGGGCGUUUCGUUCUCAUCUCUUCUUGUUUUUCAUGGCUCUCCAAAGGGGCGAGAGCCGGGCAAGCAGAGGAGUAAUGAAACACCGAGGGGGCCUUCGCGCUAAGAAAUAGCCAACAAAACGGAGCGGCGCAGCAGUUGCAGGAGGAGUCGUCGCAUGGAGGUAGUGACGACGAGGAAGACAGCUCCUCGGGGAGUGAUAGCGAGUAAAAUAGGGCGGUAGAAAAUGGGGAGGCUUCUCGUGCAGCGAAGUCUUGUGAAUUUUUUUGAGAAGCAGGCACGCAUCCAUGCAAUCAAAACAAGACAAAGCAACUCUGACACAUUUUUGAUUCUUUCGUGUGGUGUGCAACAUUGCGGUCGCAUCAGCGGCGCCUGCCUUCCAGAUGUCUUUUUUUGAAAGUUUGUCUCAAUGAGUUGAGACUCGUUCUCUCAUUCUUAAAAGCAGCAACUUCGUAUCUUUCAUUCUUACAGUGAUUCAAACUAACGCACAAGCUUAACAGUGUUUCAAACUAACGGUAGGCCAUGUUAUCGCCCCGGUUCGUUCGGUUCCUUCGUGCCGUACGUAUGUACGCUCGCUCACUCCUUGACUCUUUCAGUCUGAGUGAUUCACUGACUGACAUCGCAUUGACCCCCUUCAAUCUAUCUAAGAGUAAAACUCUACGAAUGUGUCGCGUUUUACAGUAAGCAGCUAAGUCAGUUACUUCGUUCGUUCAGAUGGAUCAAGAAAUCUCACUGCGGGCGACUUCUUCAGCUCAACAACAGCUUCGCACUUUUUGCACUUCUUCAGACUAGGGGUCGCGCAGUCACGGCGCAAG